UGUCCAUUUCUAGUUUAUCUACCAGUUUCUCUUUUAAGUAAUUCUUCUUGUUUUACUCAUUUAAUUCAUGCUUAUGCUAAUAGGAGUAUUCACUUCUUGGGUCGGGUAUGCUCCAAAGUCCCACUCCAUUUUUGACUUCUUUUUGCAACAAUUCUGUUAAUUAAAUCCACAAUUUCAUCACAUUACUCAAAAUAUUAACCUACUAAUGCUUUUGCUUUCAUUCAACAACUUAAUUGUAAUGCCCUAGCUUGUUGCCAAUGGAUUCUUCAGUUUUUGUUCAUUAUUCAUUAAUUAGUGUCAUCAAUUUUACUAAUGAGAAGCUGAUCAGGACAACUAUUUUUGUAGCUUCUUAGCUCAAAAAUCAAAAUUUGAUCUUAUUUAAACAUUCUUAUAAUGUAUGUUUAUGAACAACUAUAUAAUGGAAAAAAAAACAUCUAACACAAACCACCACUUGUCAUUAAGUAGUAGCAAAUCUAUGAUACUAGUAUAGGUGAGCCAACACUCAUUAAUUUAUGCGUGCUGAACCAACUCGAUUGCAUGUUUCAAUGUUAUAUAUUUUUAAGUUUUAAAUCAAAUGACCCCUGAGCCAUGCCUGUUAAAAAGUCAAGUGAACCAGCAAAGAGAAGCCUCCAUCUUAACAAAAGAUAUAAUUACAAUAUGGUAAAAGUCAAUAGUAUAAGUUAGUUGAACAUAAAGGUCAAAUAUAGAUCAUUACAAGUUAAAUAAAGUAUUAGUGAGGGCAUACUUUUUAAUCAAGGAAGUCCUUGAUUAAAAAAUUUGUUUAUUCCAUGUCAUUUAGUUGACGAUCAUGUGGGCAGUUGUUUGUUUAUCUGCCCAACUUGGGUUUCAUCACAAUUAACUAAUAUUAUAUACUCCUGUAGUCCUAUUAAAGAUGAGAUCAGAUGCUUGUACUGUCUUUUUGGGCUAAGAAUAUGAUGCCUGAGUAAAGUGUUAUGGUUGAAGUAGAUGGUUCAAUGCUGAGAAGAGGUCAUUAUGCCUGAUAGUUCAAAAUGAAAGUCAAUUGGCUUCUUGUUCUAUUAAUCAGCUUGAUGUUUGUGCUUUCGGUUGGGGCUACUAAUAAUGUGUCAACACCUGCUGUCAUCAAUAUCGGGGCGCUUUUUAGCUUCAACUCUACUAUCGGAGAAGUUGUCAAGAUUGCAAUUCAGGAAGCUGUUAAUGAUGUCAACUCUAAUUCCAGCAUCCUACAUGGCUCCACACUGAAUUUAACAAUGCGAAAUUCCGAUUGCAGCGGGUUUAUGGGCUUUAUUCAAGCAAUGCAGCUCAUGGAGACACAAGUGGUGGCAAUUAUAGGUCCACAAUCAUCUACCGUUUCUCAUAUGGUUUCUUUGGUGGCCACUGAACUCCAAAUCCCACUUUUAUCAUUUGCUGCAACUGACCCUACCCUUACAUAUUUGAGCUCCCCCUUUUUUGUAAGAACAAUAUAUUGUGAUCAGUAUCAAAUGACUGCAAUUUCUGAAAUUGUUGAAUAUUAUGGGUGGAGAGAGGUGGUUGCUGUUUACAAUGAUGAUGAUUAUGGAAGGAACGGUGUUGCAGCUCUUGAUGAUGCUCUUGCAGACAAACGUGGCAGAAUCUCAUAUAAAGCUGCGAUUGCACCGGAUACAAGUGUGACACGGGGUGAUAUAAUGGAUAUCUUUGUUAAGAUUGCUAUGUUGGAGUGUCGGGUCAUUAUCCUGCACACAAAUCCUCAUUCAGGGCGUUUAAUUUUCAAUGUGUCCAAUUAUUUGGGAAUGACAGGUAACGGGUAUGUUUGGAUAUCUACGGACUGGCUUUCGUCUCUCAUUGAUUCGAAUUCUCCUCUUCCUUCCGGAAUAAUGAGUGCAAUACAAGGGUUCCUUGUCCUGCGUCCCCAUACUCCGGAUUCUACUAGAAAAAGAGCUUUUGUCUCAAGAUGGAAAAAAGCAACUGGUGGUUCACUCGGAUUGAAUGCUUAUGCAUUUUAUGCUUAUGAUUCCGUUUGGAUGCUUGCACAUGCAAUUGAUGCAUUUUUAAAACAAGAUGGAAACAUCUCUUUUUCUAGUGAUUCUAAAUUGUUGUCUUUGAAUAUCACUGAAACUUACCUUCAGCAAAUGCGCAUUUUUGAUGGAGGACAAGCAUUGUUGAGCAAUAUACUGCAGAGUGACCUAAUAGGUUUAACAGGUCCGCUGAAGUUUGAUUCGGAUAGGUCCUUGGCUCACCCUGCAUAUGAUAUAAUUAAUGUUCUUGGAACUGGAUAUCGACAGGUUGGUUACUGGUCUAAUUAUUCAGGUUUAUCAGUUGUUUCACCAGAGACUCUCUACACCAAACCAGCUAAUCGUUCAAGUGCAAACCAACGCCUAUACCCGGUUUUUUGGCCAGAUGGGUCUACCACAGUACCUCGUGGGUGGGUCUUCCCAAAUACCGGAGUACAAUUGAGAACAGGGGUUCCUCUCCGGGUUAGUUUCAAGGAGUUUGUUUCUCGGGUACCCGGAAGCAAUGAUAUGUUCAAGGGACUUUGCAUUGAUGUGUUUCAAGCUGCUGUCAACUUGCUGCAGUACCCCGUUCCAUAUGAGUUUGUUGCCUUUGGAGAUGGUCAUCAAAACCCAAACUACACAGACCUUGUUAAUGGGAUAACAACUGGUAUAUUUGAUGCUGUAGUUGGUGAUGUUGCUAUUACCACAAGCAGGACAAAAAUUGUUGAUUUUACCCAACCAUUUGUUUCAUCUGGCCUUGUGGUGGUGGCACCAUUUAAAAAAUUAAAUUCAGGAGCCUGGGCUUUUCUCCGACCAUUUUCAGCACUCAUGUGGGCUGUCAUUGUUCUGUCGUUCAUUACUGUUGGUGUGGUCGUGUGGAUAUUAGAGCACAGGGUAAAUGAUGAGUUCAGAGGCUCCCCUACAAGGCAGUGUAUAACCAUUCUAUGGUUCAGCUUCUCAACAUUGACUUUUUCCCAUAAGGAGAACACUCAUAGCUGCCUUGGUCGGAUGGUAGUAAUUAUAUGGCUCUUUGUGGUUUUGAUUCUGACAUCAAGCUAUACUGCAAGCUUGACUUCAAUUCUUACGGUGCAACAAUUGUCAUCGCCUAUCAAGGGGAUUGACUCUUUGGUAGUGGGUCACACACGGAUUGGAUACCAGGUUGGCUCCUUUGCUGAACGGUACUUGUCUGGAGAACUGAAUAUAUCCCAAUCUAGACUUGUUGAACUCAAAACGCCUGAAGAUUAUGCUGAUGCUCUACGAUCUGGUCGUAUUGAUGCCUUGGUUGAUGAACUUCCAUAUGUAGAGCUCUUCCUAGCUCGCCAGUGUGACUUUAGAAUUGUGGGUCCAGAGUUCACAAGAAGUGGCUGGGGCUUUGCAUUUCCACGAGACUCUCCGCUGGCUCCAGACAUGUCGACUGCAAUUCUGAAACUAUCAGAAAACGGGGAUUUACAGCGAAUACAUGACAAGUGGUUGACAACAAGCAGUUGCAGUCAGGAUAAUACUGAGAUUGAAUCCAGCCAACUGCACCUUAAAAGUUUUCUGGGUCUGUUUCUAAUAAGUGGAAUAGCAUGUAUUAUUUCUCUUUGUAUAUACUUCAGUCGGAUAUGUUAUCGCUGUCAUAGGGCCUCUAGAACCGAAGUUGUUUCAGAUCUUCCUGGUAAUGCAUCCAGCUUGAAAAGAAUUCGGACACUUAUAACCUUGAUCGAUGAGAAAAAAGACACAUCGAAGAAAAGGAAAAAGAGGAGAGAAACAGAAGGUUUGUCAUUUGAUGAUGAGAGAGAUGAAGAAUGUGGGAGGGGUGGAAAAAGGAAACAAUUUCUAAUUCCCGGAGACGGUGAUAGAAACUCAAACUUGUCAAACUAACAAUUAUUACAUAUUUCUCAAUGAAUUCAUUGUAUUAGAGAGCUUGUUCAAAUACAUGUAGAAUACUUUCGUCUUCAUCAUGCAAAUCUUCUUCAUGGGGGCAAA